UAUAUAUAUAGUGGUAACAUUAAACCCUAAUCGCUCUCUCUCUCACUCAGUCUUUGCCGCUCUCUUCCUCUCUCCGCCGUCUGCCUCCAGGAAUCGACAACGAUGGCACCCAAAAGAGGAGUGAAAGUGGCUGCCAAGAAGAAGCCGGAGAAAGUUACGAAUCCAUUGUUUGAGAGAAGGCCAAAGCAAUUCGGUAUCGGAGGAGCUUUGCCACCAAAGAAGGAUCUGACUCGGUACAUCAAAUGGCCGAAAUCGAUCCGUCUGCAAAGACAGAAGCGCAUCCUUAAGCAGAGGUUGAAGGUCCCACCAGCACUGAACCAGUUCACCAAGACUCUUGACAAGAACCUCGCAACCAACCUCUUCAAGAUCCUUAUGAAGUACAGGCCAGAGGACAAGGCCGCCAAGAAAGAUCGCCUUUUGAAGAAGGCUCAAGCCGAGGCUGAGGGAAAGCCUUCUGAGUCCAAGAAGCCCAUUGUUGUCAAGUACGGACUCAACCACGUAACUUACCUCAUCGAGCAGAACAAGGCACAGCUUGUCGUGAUUGCACACGAUGUUGACCCCAUCGAGUUGGUCGUCUGGUUACCUGCUCUCUGUAGGAAAAUGGAAGUCCCAUACUGCAUUGUUAAGGGAAAAUCGCGUCUUGGAACGGUCGUUCACCAGAAGACUGCUGCUUGCUUGUGCUUGACCACUGUGAAGAACGAGGACAAGCUCGAGUUCAGCAAAAUCCUCGAAGCCAUCAAGGCCAACUUCAACGAUAAGUACGACGAGUACAGGAAGAAGUGGGGAGGAGGCAUAAUGGGAUCCAAGUCUCAAGCCAAGACCAAAGCCAAGGAGAGGGUUCUCGCUAAGGAGGCUGCCCAGAGAAUGACUUAAGCGUCUCUUAUCGUUUCUCGUUUAAGAAACAUAAUGAUUAUCAUGUUUUGGUUUAGCCAUUUCUUGGAAUGUUUUAAAUUUUAUCGAUGUUGCACACUUGAGAAUUCUAUGCAGUUUUGUUAUCAAUUAUACAUUCCUGUUUUAUUUAUUAAUCCUUGUUUGCAAAUUAAAACCAUUCAGAUUAUUAUAUGGCUUUGAAUGGUAUAGAAUGUGUAAUCCUGAGAAUAAGUAGGUAAUUUAGUUGUGCGACUCACAA